AUGUCAGCCGGCAGCGAUACCGCCGGAAAUUGCAGAAAAACGGCCGGUUUUUACCCAAAUUUUCCGGAGCUCGUUCCGGCGAUUCCGGCCACCAAAUCUUGCGAUCAAGGAGGUCUGAUCUUCGAAUUGGAUUUCGGCCGGAUUUCGAGGGGAGAUUCCGGCCACUUCCGGAAGCUUGGCCGGCGGUUUGGAGUUUUCCGGCCGCCGGAAAUUACUCAAGGCACCCACCCGCUGCCGGCGCGUGGGCUAGGAAAAUGGACCGGCUUGAGGUUCUAA